CUCAGAGGCAGCAUGAAUUUAAGAUCAUUCAAUCGGAGAUGGAGCAAUUCCACAUGACCAUCCAAAGAGACAAAAAGCUGAUUACUGAGAUCGAUAAAGUAGCUGAAGACAGUUAUAAUAGCUUACAAGGAACAGAAGCUCAGCUCGAAGAAGCCUUGAGGAACCUGAAUCGUCAUCUGGCUAUGCUCAAGAUGGCUGGACCAGGAUCAGUCGAAGACAUMUCAAACCGUCUGAUCAGUAAAAAGAUCUCGGUGAACUCUGUGACCAGACAAAGAGACGAGUUCCUUGAGAGACUGAAYGCAAUGAAGAACCGAGCAGACAGGACAAAACAGGUCAUAGAAGGUGAACUGAACAAGAGGCAGCAAAUGCGCAAAGACUUUGAAGCCAUWCAGAUUUGGAUGAGCAAGAUUGAAGUCUUUAUCACAACAAGGAUCGAUAAAUAUGAAGACAUAGAUGAACGCGAACUUAAGGCUUUGACUGAAGAAUUUUCCACCAAUGAGGUCCUCAUCAACUCCGUAGAGAAGGUCUGUAAAGAGCUCAGUCAAGGACCACACGGYAGUGCUUACAUGACGUACGUACGUGAUCUGGAGAAGCUCAGAUCAAAGUGGAAGACAAUCCACACCCAAUUUACCGAGCUGAAAGACCAACCGAUGAAGAAGCUUGGGACCGAGUUUGAGGCGUUGGUUGGUGACGYCAUGUCGAAGCUUGAUAAAAUUAGCCGAGGUGUGAAGAAACUCAAGCUUGUGUCUGGCGAUCCAAGAGAUAUCAAGAGCUUACAGGAACAAUGUCUGAGUUAUAAGAACGACUUAGUCAACCUACGAAACGACGUCGACCAUGUUAAGAAGGUUGGUUUCCAGAUUUCCGAAAAAUCAUCGGAGGAAAAGCGGAGUGGAGUCGAGCGACGUAUUGACGAAGUUCACCARGAACACCGUGAACUUGUGAAUAAAGUCCACAAGAAAAAUGAGGACUUAAGUGAAGCACUUACAUUGGCCGGAAGAAUUGAAAAUGAAAUGACAAGACUUGAAUCAUGGCUUGAAACAACUCGAACUGAAGCUAAACGUCGAACCGAUGCUGGGUUUCCUGAGGACGUUGAAGAAGAACUUAAGUGGAAUAAGAGCACAAUCAAAGAAGUCACUGGUCGAAUAUCAGAAGUUCAACGUCUCACYGAAGUCGGUCGCGAACUUGUCGAUUUAAGCGAGACUGGUCAACUCGAGAGUCUAGAAGAUCGACUAACUCGCCUUAAUAACACUUGGGAAGACUUGAGCUCGCUUCUGGAGCAUAGAUUAUCGUUAUUGCCAAAGUACAAGACUCAAAUUAAGGACUUUGAAAAGUUAGUUGAUCAAUUGAAUGCUUGGCUUGAUAAGAUGAACGAGGAGGCGAAUGGGGUACGCAUGGAUCAGCCAGAGGCAGCGCAUGCCAAAAUAAAGGAAUUAAAAGAAGAAAUCCAGAACCAUGAACCACAAUUUGAMGCAGUCAGAGAAACCAGCAACGAAUUCGUGUCGAACGGACGCCGAAUCGUGGAACCUUACCGACGACUUCUCGACAGACGRUGGGAAGAUCUCGAGGCCAAAAUCGCCGAGCUUGAAGAAGAACUAGAAACUGUAAAAAAGGGAAAUUAUAGAUCAAGGAUWGAAACGCAGGUUAUUGUGAAAGAACGAAAGAUGAUCAGUCGGCCUGGAAUGACCGAAGAGUACCUUCACACCGAGGAGCGACGCAGUCCCGAUUUAAACCGACCGAUUCACGAAGAAACGAUCACCUCACGGAAGAUUCUACAUGGCUUGAGCUCGGCUCCGCCAGGUGAUGAUCUUGAGUUCAGACUCGAAACUAUUAUCAAUGAAGUUAAAACGCUUGAGGAAUUGCUGUUGGAUAUAGAACGACCAAAAAGUAGGGAAGUACAAUCCUAUGAGAUACAAGACAAAAUCAAGCAAGCYGAGCUACGACUAGAUACUCUCCAACCACGUGUAGAAUCCAUUCUUAAAGAAAGCAAAACAAUCACCGCGUCUGAUUCGCGUAACAGCGAGAAGAUUCGCCACUCGUUACUUGAUCUAUCCGGCCGCUGGUUAAAGGCRUGCGACGACGUYGAUAGAAAUAAACGCGCGAUCAUAAUUGUCCCGAAAUGGUAYCAGUUUAGAAGUAAUCUCGAAGAAAUCAACGACUCUAUGAAACUAGUGGAUGGGGAUGAUAGACCUGAACGAUACGUAAAGGAUCUUAACGCAAAUGAACUUGAAAAGAAACGUAAUGUGUACGCCGUCGUAAUUAGUGAUAUCGAGAAGCUUGAUAAAGAAGGCAUUCAAGUAUUAACACCAUUAGAAACCAGUAAAAUCAAGAGAAGACUUCGAGAAAUCAAUAGUCGCUUUGAACAGUACAAGAAACCGAAGGACGAAGCUACGUCAUACCGAGUCGUCGUACAUACUGGUGACGUCAAAGACGCCGACACACGUGCUAAAGUCUCAUUGGUUCUCUAUGGCGACUCGGGMCGAUCAUCACCCGAAAUCAAACUUCAAAAAUCCGAGACUUACUUAACCCCAUUCCGCCGCGACCAGUUAGAUAUCUUCAAUAGCGAACAAAUGAAGGGCCUGGGAGACUUGACYAAGAUUAAGGUCUGGCAUGAUAACACAGGCGCCAAACCAGCCUGGAAUGUUAGGAGCAUUUACAUACAGGACAAGAAAUCUGAAAAAGUCUACAGCUUUGAUUGUAAUGUUUGGAUUGGGAAGGACCGUCCUGGAGAGUCCAAGGACAUGAAAUGUGGGGGCUUUUUUAUACCUCCAGACGGAGAAGACAUCUUCAAUCGACAUCGACUUGCAAACAUUCAGUGGCAACCUUACCAGUUCUCGUCGGCCGAAAGAGACGGAGCGUCGACUGGAUGGGCCAUGGUCGAGGACAUGACGAAAUUAUCCGAAGAAGUUCGGCAGAUCGACUCGAGGUUAAACUCACCCGAACUGCAAGGCGCUGAUUAUGAGGAGUUUUCUAGUCAAGAAGAUAAGCUAAAGUCAAUCGGGGAUAGUCUUGAGAGUUUCGAGUCCAAAGCGUCGGACCUYUUCAAACGAAGCGAGACAUUGACUCACGAACARUGCACCAACGACAGAGAAUAUGACGCUGUGAAAAAAGCAGUUAGUAAACUACGACUGGAUUGGAACAAUGUCAACAAGGAUUAUAAAACGCGCAUGGUCAAAUGGGAGAAGGCGAUGACCGUAUGGCGUUCAUUUCACUGUGAUCUCAAGGACCUGACUUCUUGGCUGAAUAGAGUUGAACGAAUCCUCGCCGACAGUAAAAUGCCUAAUGGUGACCUGAACGUGGACGCCGCCAUGUCAGAGCAAAGGAGUCUUGAAGACGGCAUAUCAACCCAUGAGAGYACMAUCAACUCGGUCAACAGUAUGGGAGAGGAUAUAAUAAGACAGUCCAGCSMAGUUGAAGCCAAGAUGUUGAGAGAAAAGCUGAACUCCAUUAAUAGAAGAUGGAAAGAUGUUGUGGCCGAGGUCGAYGACAGGAAAAACCGAAAUGCAAAUCCAGGCAUUUAUGGAAGAAACCGGUGAUUUAUUACARUGGAUGGAUGAGACAGAUACUGUUUUGAAACAGAAAGACGUCUCACCUUCAGAUGAACGYGCYUUGAAAGAACAACUUGCUAAAGUCAAGGAAGCAGAACGCGAUAUUGAGAUGAAGGACGACUCCGUGAAGGCAACCAAGCAAACUGGCGAACGUCUUCUUACGAAAACAAUCUUCUCCAAACCCAACCAUGAUAUGGUCCGCACUCGCCUUGACCUCGUGCUUGCGCGUUGGGAAAUUCUACGUAUGGACGGCCUUACUAGACGUAGGGCAGUWGAGAACAAAGUCAGUAGGACUGUCCAAGAAUCAUUGCGGGCGCGGCAGCAAACACGUGACAACAUCAAUGAAACCAUGACUAUUCUAAGACGAGACAGUAAGCUCGACUCAUCAUCUGUACCAAAGACUGUGGAAAACAAAGUCAAGACGCUCAAUGAAGACUGGGCGCGAAUUGCGUCACAAGCGUCCGAUCUUUUUGCGUCACGGAUCGCACGGGAAGAAAUCGUCGUYGAAUCAGUGCAGACUCAAGAAUCAUCGGGUAUCGAUGGCUGGGAUACUCGAGCCUCGCCCUGGCCUAAGUUCGAUAAAGCCGUCUCAGAGUUACAYGUCUGGCUUGAUGAUGUUACUGACAUGAUGAAAGCAGAGAAGGUUGUGUUGUCGGACAGCGAGGAAAUCUUUGCCUUGGCUGAAAAGCAAAAGUCUGUUGCUGAGCAACUGAAAAGCAAGCAACACUUACUGGAAGAAAUCGCAGAGAUGGGACAUAGCUUAUCUGAAGAAGCUGACAACAGCGAAGACAAAAUGAUYAUAGARAAGAAGGUYGCUAAACUGAAGGAGCACUGGGAAGCWGUGCAAGAUAAYUCGACGGUCUGGCGGGGACAGAUUGAUUUCUUGUUGGAGGAAUGGAARCGUUACGURGAGCUGAGAGAGGAGCUUGUGGAGUGGCUACGUAAGGCUGAAGCUUACUUAAAGAAGGARGACAAUCCUUAUAAUUACACUGUSAGCGAUUUGGACGAACAGAUCAACAAACAUAAGGGAUUCGAGGAAGAUCUGGAGACAUGGCGGGGUAGCAUCUCUGCAGUGAAUCAAUGUGGAGAGAAUCUUAUCAAAGAAUUCCCUACAUACGAGGCAUCAGCUCUAAGACACAAUAUGACCGAACUACAAGAAAGAUGGGACAACGUUAAGAACAAUAUGAUCGAUGCAUCUCAUGGCGAAGAGAGGGACAAGGUUGAAGAAUUGAAAGUCGAACUGAAGAACCUCGAAGAAGACAUCAACUCCCACCAAGAAAUGUUCGCUUCCCUCAACGAGAACGGUCAGCACAUGGUGACCGAGAUGGAGCCUGGUGACGUGUUAACYGCUGUCCAAUCAAAGCUCGACGAUAUAAAUGACAGGUGGCAAUCAUUGAAUAGUCGAACAAUGGAUAUGCAUGAUAGGUUGGAGGAAACGUCAACAGARUGGCGCCAACUCUUGUUGGAUYURCAAGAGAUCAUUGAAUGGAUCAACCGUGCUGAUCAAGAUAUCACUUCUCAACAGCCUGUAGGGGGAGAUUUGGAGACGGUGCAGACUCAAAAUGAGACUCAUCAGGCCUUCAAAGGAAAACUUAACGUGCGACGAUUGGUGGUCGAUAGAGUCCUGGACUCCGGUCGACAUAUGAUGGAUGAGUACCAUGGAGAGCGUGCCGCUGGCGAUGCCGAGGGCUCAUCGCGGUCUCGUAUUGCAGGAAAUAUCCACAAACAGCUUAAGAAUGUGGACGAUCAGUGGUCGAAAUUGUGUCAGCGGUCUGAUGAUUGGCAGAAGAAUAUCGAUGAAAGUCUAAGGAGGUUCCAAGUCCUGCAUAGCCAGAUGGAAGAGGUUGACACCCAGCUCACCGAGGCCGAACAGGCUAGAGUGCACUGGGCACCAGUCCAAGACCUUGUCAUCGAAUCUCUGCAUGAGCAGAUGGACGAGUUGAAGAUGUUACAAGAACGAAUUGCUAACCURCAGCAAAUGUUUGAAAACAUGAGUAACACAGAGGGCGAACUGAGACGGCGCGGUGUAAACCUGUCUGCAAACCUGCAAAACAGGAUUGACCAGUUGUAUCGUCGAUGGAAACAGCUCCAGAUUCAAAUGAUUCAAAGACAGAACGCCUUACAGGAUGCCUACCCAGAAGGCGAUUCGCARUCACUCCAAGCUUUGCAAGCAAGUGUCGAUCCACCGUGGGAACGAGCAGUUGCCAUUAAUAAAGUUCCUUAUUACAUAAAUCAUAAAACAGAGACGACUCAAUGGGACCACCCCAAAAUGACCGAGUUGUACCAUCAAAUAGCUGAGCUAAAUGAUAUCAAGUACAGCGCUUACAGAACCGCAAUGAAACUACGUUGUAUUCAGAAAGCAACAAGCUUGGAUCUAGUGACACUAGAAAACCUCGACAGCGCCUUUGAAUCACACGGUUUACACCACCAGAGCAAUAAUAACUUGAUUGGUAUAGGUGAUAUGGUAGAAACUCUGACUACAGUAUACGAUAGAAUUGAAGUAGGACAAGAGAACAUUAGUUCAGCUAUAUGCAUUGAUCUGACGUUAAAUUGGUUAUUGAAUGUCUACGAUAGUGGAAGAAUCGGUAAAAUCAGGCUGUUAUCAUUCAAAGUUGGACUCGUCACAAUGUGUAGAGCACACCUUGAGGCAAAAUACAAAUAUCUCUUCCGUCUUGUUGCGGACAAUGAUGGCUUCAUGGACCACAAGCAACUUGGGCUUUUACUCCACGAUUCUUUACAGAUCCCUCGUCAACUAGGUGAAAUCGCUGCGUUUGGAGGCAGUAACAUUGAGCCCAGUGUACGUAGUUGUUUUGAUAAGUGYGGUGCUAAGGAUAGGAUCGAUUCAGCUCAGUUUCUACGCUGGUUGAGUGCUGAACCUCAGUCCAUCGUAUGGCUACCAACUCUACACAGACUAGCAGCAUCAGAAUCAGUUAAGCACAAAGCCAAGUGCAACAUUUGUAAAGAGUAUCCAAUCGUAGGGUUUAGAUUCCGUUGUCUCAAGUGUUUUAAUUACGAUUUAUGCCAGAGUUGUUUCUGGUCUGGAAGGGUGUCACAUGAUCAUCGCCUUACUCACCCCAUGCAUCAGUAUUGCUUAUCGACCACUUCCGGUGAGGACGUCAAAGACUUCCUGUCCAUCGUUCGUAACAAGUUCAAGAAACGGCAGUACAAGAAAAACCCACCYAAAAAACUCGGCUACCUACCGAUACAGACGGUUAUGGAAGGAGGCAACCUCGAGACGCCUCCCAACCCUGCAAUGCAACAGAAUGUCAGUAGUGARGUUCACAAUCGACUUGGCAUGUAUGCCAACAGACUUGCUGAAGCAGAAACUAAUGGCGGCAAAUACAGUCCCAAGCACUUAGAUGAAGAGCACCAGCUAAUUGCUCAAUAUUGUCAAAGUCUUAAAGGCGAAAAUACAGAGAGGGCGCCUCAAAGUCCAACACAAAUCGUUCUGUCACUCGAUGCGGACGAGAAAGAAGAUUUAGAAAGUGAGAUUAACAAACUGGAAGAUGAAAAUAGAGCAUUACAAGACGAGUACGAACGGCUCAAACAAAUACGCGACCAGGAUCAACCAUCAGAAGGUGAGUCGUCCCCAGGCUCAACAUCACGCGAUGCUGAGCUGUUAACCGAAGCAAAACUACUGCGCCAACAUAAAGGAAGAUUAGAAGCUCGAAUGCAAGUCCUAGAAGACCACAACAAACAGUUAGAAGCUCAAUUACAACGAUUACGACAGCUAUUAGACCAACCUAACCAAGGCAAUCCACCCGCAUACUCACGAGGAACCACCCCAGCAUCAUCAGCUAGUUCCCUUGGUGACCAGCCUUCUUCAGGUCGUCAAGUCCCUUCUCGUCAACCUCGACCGCGAGGCCUGGAGAGUGACACGGAGUCGGAACAGGCCAAAGACUCUGUUAGUGAUCUAUUUAGUACUGCGCAAGACGUCAAUAAAGCCGUAGAAAAUCUUGUUCAAGUCAUGACUGAUGACGACGACGAAGCUACUUAAUAWAGGCUAUUAGCCAAUCAAAUAUGAACAUGCAGUCACGUGGUGUAAAGAUCGUGUCGGCACAGGGAGCCCAAAGAUAAGAAGUAAAAUUUACCGAAAUGUUAAAUAAUAGGGGUUCCAAUAUGGCGGUGAACAUAAUUAUAUAAAAACAUCCGUCGAGAAAGUUAAGUACGAAUACGAUAAGAACAAUUGAAUUGAUGUGGUUACUCUAUUGCGCAUGUCAGAUUUCUUUAACCGCUGAACAUGCUUGGAAAUUCAAGUCGUUUCCUUGUAUUUCUCAAAGAAAUUGGAUAAGAAAAUAGAGUCGUUAUUGUACGAGUGGGAAACGGAUUAUCGAUAUCGAAACCAUAUUGAAAGCGAAUCGUAUCCUGUCGAAACCUCUCAAAAGCGUGUUGUUUGUUUUAAAAAUUUCAGUCGUAAUGUAAUAUCUUCGUAUCAUAGUCGUAAGGUAGUCGUAACGUAAUCGUGACAACUUCGUAUCAUAGUCGUAACGUAGUCGUAUGAUUAUUGAUAUCGUAGUUGGUUUCGGAUAGUAGUCGCGUUAUCAUUCGUUUCCCACUUGCGCAAAUCGGCUCUGAUUAGGCUAAAAACGUUAAAUCAACUUAUACAAUCAUAAGAAAUAAGGAUAAGAUUUUUUUUCAUCAGUAAGAAUUCUAUUUUUGUCAGAUGACUUUGUGCAUAUUAUCAAUAUUCCACAAGGGUGCCUUGAGCGGGUUCGGUUURUAAACGAUUACACUGUUUCGUUCUUAUGUAAACGCGACGGAAACGUAACGGUCAUUUGCGCAAACGUUUCUAUCAAAAAUGAUUACGUAAGCUAAGACAUUUCACGUGUUUCGUUCUUAUGUAAACGCGACAGAAACGUAACAGAAACGCAACAGGAACCUAACGAUCGUUUGCGUAAACGUUUCUAUCAAAAACGCUUACGUAAACUAAAACAUUUGUAGUCGUUACAAUAAUCGUUUCAACUCGUCUUCGAGUAGACAGAACACACGAUUUGUCUGGCCUCCGUCGACGUUGUACCCGAUAUCGAUCGGUUCCCUUAAAUAUUUCAUAGUUAGAUAAUUAAUCGCUUAAUAAAUAAAUAAACCAAGCAGGUUUUAUGAACRCUG